UCUUCUGGUCCCCAUUCCUCCCUUAGCCGUACGCCAAGAUGGCAUCCUCUCUCCUAACCCUGCUACUUAGGCGGCUCCCGGGCCUCACACCUAUCGAAGGUGUCCGCUGGGUGCAGGCUACUCCUCGGGCACUGUGUACCAAAGCUCCCCCUGAGGAAGAAUCUUCCACCCCAGUCUCUCCUUAUCAGGAUGCUCCCUGGGAAUAUCUGGAGACAGAAGAAUACAUCUCUCGUUAUGGCUCCCAUCCAGUCUGGGCUGACUAUCGACGCAACCACAAAGGUGGCAUCCCACCACAGCGAACCCGAAGGACAUGCAUUAGAGGGAAUAAAGUUUCUGGAAACCCUUGCCCCAUCUGCCGGGAUCAGAAGCUCCAUGUGGAUUUUAGAUCAGGGGACUCUAAAAUGGAUGAGAAUGUGAAGCUCUUGGAACAGUUUGUCUGUGCUCACACAGGUGUCAUCUUCCAUGCCCCAUAUACAGGUGUCUGUAUGAAGCAGCAUAAAAAGCUGACAGAGGCUAUCAUGAAGGCCAGAGACCAUGGCUUACUCAACUACCAUAUCCCACUGGUACAGCCACGGGAUACUGAUUUCAGCAACUCCCAUGGAGCUGUGGGCUGUACGCCAAUGGCUCCUGCCCUAGCUGCAGGUACUGCCUGGUAUCCAUGGUACACAUGGCAGCAGCCACCUGAGAGAGAGCUGGCCCGUCUUCGACGUUUGUAUCAAGGCCACCUUAAGGAAGAGAGUGGACCCCCACCUGAGAUGAUGCCCAUAGUUCCAUCUCAAACCAAUGUUCUCACUGAAGGAUAGGAAACCACUAAUAUCCAGUAGAAAGAACUGAUUUACUUUGGGAUGCUCCAGUGCAUAAGAGAUGGAUGUGAGAAUGUCCUGAAGCCUGGACUAAACUGAUCCUUGUCCCUAGUCUCUUUAGAAAUGGCUAGGAUAUUGGUAUGUGCUAGCCUAGGGGAGAAGGUAAAUGAAGCUUGUCUGAAUAAGUGUUUUGAUUUACUUUUCUUUCUAUUGCCCCUACCCACAUUUUUUAAGUUACAGGGAUAGGGAUGUUCCUGACCCUUCAUAAUAAAAA